CCGACAUCACGAGUGGCUGUCUGCGCCUCACCCAGGCCGAUUCCUGCGCAUUCCACGACACUUAUCCAGUACCGUAUAUAACCAGCCUUUCGACCGGGCGAUUGCUUGGAAAGUCUCCGCGGCCCUGUACAUACACGACACUUUACAUUGCUAUUAUCCACCCACUUUGGUACAACACUCAACACACAUACACCUGUACGACACCCUCUCCGUCACGACGACACACCAGCAGCCCUCUACCAUGGCCGAGCCACACGCCGUCGAGUCCGACUACGACUCCUCCGACGAAGCCAUCACCAUCACUCUUACCCAUCGCAACGCCCCGCACACGUUCAAGUUCCCCUCGGACGGCACGAUCACCCACCUCUCCGAGGACGUCGAAGACACCCUCUCCAUCCCGCCUUCGAACCAGAAAUUCAUCGUCCCGAAGCUCGGCCUCCUCAAGCCCCCUUUCAAGGACCCAGAAAUGUCCCUCGCCGCGCUGCAGGACAAGAAGAUUAUGCUCAUGGGCGCCGAGGCAAAGGAGGUAGCCUCCAUGCAGGCCGCGUCCGAGUUCGCCGCGAAACGAAAUGCCGCCCGCAGCGCGGCGCGGCGCCAGAACCGCUCCUCUCGAAGACGCGACCAGGGCCGCGCCCAGGCCGACAGUACAUACACCUUCCUCUCUGUCCGGCCCCUCGCCGGCCUGCCACACCCGGAGCGCUCUCUCGCCCUCCUCGAGAGGCUCAAGGAGGACCCGGGCAUCCGCGCCUCGAUGCGCAAGCACAAGUUCAGCGUCGGCCUGCUGACCGAGAUGGAGCCCCUGUCCAAUACGCAGUCCACCCACGAGGGAACCACGAGGCUGCUCGGUCUCAACCGCAACGGUGGGGAGGCCAUCGAGCUGCGGCUCCGGACGGACGCGCACGAUGGGUACCGCGACUACAAGACCAUCCGCAAGACGCUGUGCCACGAGUUGGCGCACAACGUCCACAGUAACCAUGACCGGGACUUUUGGGACCUGUGCCACCAGAUCGAGCGCGAGGUCGACGCCGCCGACUGGAAGCACGGCGGGCACACCGUCGGGCAGCAGUCGUCGUCAUAUUACGCGCCGGGGGAUGAAGAAGAGGAGGGGUUCGAGGACCACGGGGCGUGGGAGGGAGGCGACUUCGUCGUCGGCGGCAGCGCUGCCAACGCCACGGGCCUCAGUCGCCGCGAAAUCCUCGCCAAAGCUGCCGAGGAGAGGGUCAAGAGGAUGAACAUGGAAAGGCGGGACGGAGGGAAACCCGACUCUGGCCCAUCAUCCUGAGCUGGGAGUUUGAACUGUUUUUGUUCCCAUAAUCUUUUUUGUUCCCUUCUCUUUUCGGCAUUGCACGGCGUUGGUAUAGACAUGAGAUACGAAUCGGCCUCAGACGCCAGGAUAUAUAAUCAACUCAUUCAUGACGCAUGGUUCUGUCUGAUGUACGUUCACUUCUAACGGGUCAACAUUCCGAUUAUUCCCAAGUUUAACUGAAGUUGGUGCAACAUGUUGAGACAAGCAUGCGUCAAUUUUCAUCGAAAAGCUGACCAGCUAUCCCCCAGUCUAACCAAAGGGCUACACUAUUUGAUUGUGAGGAUAAACCAUCUUCAUCAUUUACGUUGUGGGGGGGGAAAAAAAGGGGGGGGGGGACAUGACCUCGUCCGAGUGUCGUCCCCUGUAUGAAACCCUGACCUUGCAACUCCUAAAAAAAAUGCCAUGCUUUACCUUGCCAUGCAAUGCCAUAUCCGAGAACGCCACCAAUGAAUGCGUGUAAGCAAGCGUGCGAUGACGCAAAUUGCUGCCGCCCAACACGAUGUCCGCGAACGCUGUUGGGAUCCAUCGCAACUCGAAAUCCAUCGCUCAUGCCGAUCCAAAUCCCAGUAAUGCCAUCUCUAUCGCCAGACC